AUAGUCAUAAUAAAUCCCAAGAUCCUCAUAACCGAGAGAGAGAGAGAGAGAGACCACUCUUAUGCAUUUGUCUUUCUUCUUCGUGCUUGAAGCCGGAUCCUUUCCCAAUCAGUUCUACCCACCUCAUUUAUAUUUCUGACCCUGCCGGUGGAUCACUUUAUGGCCGUCCGUACGUCAGUGUGAAAUAUAUGUAUAUAUAUGUAUGCUUCCACUACUUAUCUCCCACCACUAGCAAGUCCUUGUGCAUAUCACAAGCCAGCCAAAUGAGUACUCUCUCUUCUUCUCUAGUUUACCUUUUAUUGCUCGCAUCUUUGUGCCUACCAAGCAGCGGUCCGCGUCUGGUCACAGGCAUUCCACCUGGGCCAGUGGUACAAUGCACGUCUGGCAAUACCAAUUGCUUGGUGCACAACGGAUAUGGUGCAUUCCUUGACGGCACCAACUGCCGGGUUGCAGCCGCAGCCUACCCUUCCACCGAGUCUGAGCUGCUUCGCUUUGUCUCCGACGCCUCCUUGGCCAACCAAAAGAUGAAGGUCGUCACGCGUUACUCGCAUAGCAUCCCGAAGCUUUGCUGUCCCGGAGGCCCUGACGGCACCGGGCUCGUGAUCAGCACCGAGAAGCUGAAUCAUGUGGUUCGAGUUGACGUGCAAUCAAGGAGGAUUACCGUCGAGAGUGGCAUCACCUUGCAUGAGUUGAUUGAGGCCGGUGCUACUCACGGCUUAGCCCUGACGCAUUCUCCCUAUUGGCUUGGCCUGAGCCUGGGGGGAAUGCUGUGCACCGGCGCGCACGGUAGCUCUUUUGUUGGGAAGGGAGGUGCCGUCCAUGAGUAUGUGGUCGGCAUGAAGAUCGUUGUGCCGACGACAUGGCCCGAUGUUGAUGGCUAUUUUGCCAAAGUCAUCAGCCUGGAAGAAGAUGACCCGGACCUUCUAGCUGCCAAAGUGUCGCUUGGCGUGCUUGGGGUAAUUUCUCAGGUGACGUUGCAGAUGGAACCCAUGUUUAAGAGAUCCAUAACGCAUGAAUUGGUUGCUGACGACGGCUUGGAAGAUUACAUCGAAAGGUUUGGUAGAACCACCGAGUUCGGCGACAUUACAUGGUACCCAGAGCAGAAGAGGUUGUCCCGCCGAGUGGACUUCCGGGUUCCCUUGACGGAACCAGGCAACGGAGAGAAUGACUUCACCGGAUACAGGUCACUUUUGUCAACGCUAACAGAAUCCUUACGCAAAGCAGAGGAGGUGGUUGAAGCCACCAAGGACUCCGUUGGCAAGUGCUUAGCAGCAAAAGGGCAAGUCGAGGCCCUUUACGCCAUGGGCGCCGGCCUUAAGAACAAUAUUGGCAACCUGGUUGAGUUCACAGGGUACCCUGUUGUUGGAAACCACAGCAUGCUGCAGGCCUCGGGCUCCUGCCUCUUUGACAAGGAAAACAGCCUACUGACUGCUUGUGCAUGGGACCCGAGGAUCCAUGGGCAAUUCUUCACUCAACUAACCAUCAGCAUUCCAUUGACAUCCAUCUCGAGCUUCAUAAUAGAUGUCAAGAAACUGAGGGACAUGGCUCCUCAAUCCCUCUGCGCCAUCGAAAUGUAUGGUGGGAUAUUGAUGAGGUUCAUCACAGCCUCGACGGCGUACCUUGGCCAGACGACUGACGUCGUGGACCUAGAGAUCACGUACUACAGAGACCAUGAUCCAAGCCAACCAAGGCUCCACGAAGAUGUUCUAGAAGAACUGGAGCAGAUUGUCUUGUUCAAGUAUGGAGGGAUGCCUCACUGGGGGAAGAACAGGAACAUUGCGUUUCUGGGGACGAAGGAGAGGUUCCAAGGAAGGAUUGAGAAGUUUGUGGAGGUGAUGAAGAAAUUUGAUCCCAAGGGAUUGUUCUCAUCAGAGUGGAGUGACAGUGUUUUGGGCCUACAAGAGAAGGGAUUAGUGAUUGAGAAGCCAGGGUGUGCAUUAGAAGGCCUGUGCGUAUGCUCUCUUGAUUCACACUGUGCACCAGAUAAGGGUUACUUCUGUAGACCUGGCCUUGUUUACGCAGAGGCUAGAGUUUGUCGUCAUGAAGCUUAAGAAAAAAAAAGAAAAGAAGAUCGUGAAUUGGUUGCAAUAAGCUUCUUGGUCUGGCUAAGUAAAUUUUAUGUACUGGCAAAGUUAAAUCGAACAUUACUUUCAGCCAUAGCUGCGUCAAAGCUCAUUGGUUACGUAUUGGACCCAACAGUAAUAGAAGUUAGCG